AUGGGCAAAAACAUUCAAAAUUCAAACAAGAAAAAAUUUGCAGCAAAAAAAAAUGUAAUAACAAAAAACGAUAAAGAUCAAUAAAGAAAAAACAAAAGACAUGAAAAUUUACAAAAAGCAUUAGGUUGUUCGACUAAAAGUAAUAAUAAUAAAAAAAAAAAUCAAUAAAAACGAAAAAAAGGAAGUAAAAAUAUAGAACUACCAAAUUUAAAUGCAUUUAAAAGAAAAAUACAGCAAUCAUUAGAAAGAAAAAAAAACCAAAAAAAUUAAUUAAAUUAACUAAAAAAUAAUGAAAAUAAAUAUCAAAACAUCCAAAUUCAACAAAUUUAAUAAAAUCACGAAAAUAUACAAGAAGAGGAAAAGUUCCAAAAACAAUUUGAAUACUAAGACGAUUAGGAUUUCUAAUAUUAAUAAUUGUAACAAAAUGACAAUAAUAUUCUAAUUAAAGAUGGUAAGAAAUAUUUCAGAGAAAUGAAAAAAGUAUUAGAAGCAUCAGAUAUUAUAUUAGAAGUAUUAGAUGCCCGUGAUCCAGAAUCAAGCAGAUGUAGAUAAGUAGAAGCUGAACUAUUACAAAUGAAAGGAAAUAAAAGAAUAAUACUAGUAGGUAAUGCAGAAGCAUGGCUUAAAGUUUUAAGGAGGGAAUACGCCACAGUAUUAUUUAAAGGAAAUACCUAAAAUUAAAAUGAUAAUUUAUCAGGAAAUUAACUUUUUAAAAAAUCUUUAACAAAUAGAGAAGAUUUAACAAAUGAUCUCAUGAAUAGUUCGAAAUCAGUCGGUGCUGAUAAAUUACUUGAACUUAUUAAAAAUUAUUCUAAAAAUGAUGGAAUUAAAACUGCAGUUUCUGUCGGUGUAAUUGGAUAUCCAAACGUAGGAAAAUCUUCUUUGAUUAAUUCACUAAAAAGAUCAAAAGCUUGUGGUGUUAGUAGUGUUGCUGGAUAUACUAAAAAUUUAUAAGAAGUUAUUAUAGAUAAAAAGGUAAAAGUUAUUGAUUGUCCAGGAGUUAUUUUUGAUGAUGAAAAUAAAAAAAAUUGCAGUCUAAAAAAUGUUAUUAAACCUGAAUUAAUUGAAGAUCCUAUUUAACCAGUAGAAGAAAUUCUUUAAAAAAUUACCAAAAAUGAAAUCUUGCUGCUAUAUAAAAUAGAUGAUUUUAAAACAACACUUGAAUUCUUGUGUAAAUUAGCUAUUUUAAGGGGAAAAAUUAAAAAAGGAGGUGCUCCUAAUAUUGAUAUUGUGGCUAGAAUGGUUAUUUAAGAUUGGAAUUCAGGAAAAAUAAAAUAUUAUACUAUUCCUCCUGUUUAUGAAGUUGAAUAAACUAUAGUAUUAAAUAAUUAAUUAAAUAUUAUUAAUGAGUAAAUUGAAUAAGAAGAAAUAUAAUGA